GUACUCAGGAACUCUACUAGUGAGAGAUAAGACUGCAAAAGAUAUUACAGAUUGCUGACUUCCACUUUUUUGUUUUUAAUACUUGUACAAGCCUAGCCCCUCAUUUCUUUCUAUAGUUUUGGGAUGAAAUCUGGGAAUGUGGGGUUCCGUACCAGACAUCGUGCAACACAUUGUACUUGUCGAGACCUGGGUGCAAACAUCAGAACUUGAAGUCUGUGUUUCAUUUCCCAAUCCACACACUAGAGCUUUCCAACUGGAGAGCAUCCUUUUCCUUGGGAUCAUAUGGGAAAUAUAUGUCUUUCCACCUCUUUCCCUCUUUCUGUCCUUCAUCCUUCUUGCUAGUCCCUUUUGACAGAGGCGGAGACAGCACUUGGGUGGUGGUUGCUGUGUCAUUUUUUUCUUUUUUUGGCUGUUAGUCCCCUCCUUGUUUGUUGAGCUCUCUUUCUGCCAUCAAUACAGCCCAGGAUCUUGUGGGGAGGACUCAACUUAGAGGCAGAUCAACUGAAAAUUGUUCUCCACUGCCAUCUCAGCCUUUUUUUCCUGAUCAACCAAAGGAGCAAGAGUCAUCCAGAAAGUUAUCAAACUUUGGGCUCCACAUCAGGUUUCAUCCUCUGUGGACCAAAAUUCUGAAAAAGAGAGUCGACAAUGGAUUACUCCACCGUGGGGGGUCAGGAUCCUUCCCCGCAUUAUUUGGAACCUGCCCAUUUACAAGCAAGUGAUGACUCAGACCUCUUCUUCCCUGGUUCAGAUGGCACUGAUACAGCAGCGAUUUCUACAUAUUACUCUCGCACAUCUGAAUCAUAUAGACACUCACCAGUGCGGCAGUUGUAUCCUCUGCUCAAUGGCUUGCAAUGGGUGGAUGGACACCCCUACAGCACAGCAGCCUGGGCUUCUGGGAAGCCUCAUGUUGGACUCCCUAUCUACACUUCCUCUUCAACCGCCUCCUUUCAGACUCUCCAAGCACCUCCCUCACCCAAGGACCUUACCCCCGAGGACCAGAAGGGGAGCCCCAGAUAUCUGGAGAUGCUGAAGACGGAACGGGCAAGCCCCACUCACGUUGAGCUGCUAACAUUGGGGACCUCAACUGGAUCUAUGGCCCACAGCCCUUAUGCUGUGGGGCAAGAAUACGGAUACUUCCAGCAGGCUGGGAGUCCUCUGACAGCCAGAUACUCCCCCAAAGUGCGAGGAGUAGCCCAGCUCUCUCCCACUGAGGCACGUGAGUGUGUGAACUGUGGGGCCACUGCCACUCCUCUGUGGCGAAGGGACGGGACUGGCCACUAUCUCUGUAAUGCCUGCGGACUCUAUCACAAGAUGAAUGGACAGAACCGGCCCCUCAUCCGGCCCAAGAAGCGACUGAUUGUCAGCAAGCGAGCUGGAACCCAGUGCAGCAACUGCCAAACCACCACCACCACCCUCUGGCGCCGCAACGUGAAUGGAGAACCCGUCUGUAAUGCCUGUGGCCUAUACUUCAAGCUGCACAAUGUGAAUCGUCCCUUGGCCAUGCGGAAAGAUGGGAUCCAGACACGGAACCGCAAGGUCUCCUCUUCCAAGUCCAAGAAGCGCAAAGGAAAUUCUGGAGAAGCAACCAUGGCCACAACUACCUCCUUGGAGAUGAUGUCACCUCCUCUGAUGGGGGACGAAGCUGCUGCCCUCUAUACUCUCAGCCCCAUGAUGCUGCCAGGACACCUGCUCCCUUUUGGGCACAACCCACACCUUUUAGGGGCUCCGCCAGGCUAUCCUCCACAGGCUUCUCCUGUCCCGCAUAGCUCUCCUGGAGUUGUCUCUGCACUUGGAUAAAGAGCCUUGUAAUGUACAAGCCCACAUGCAUGUACAGAGACUCCAGGAUAUGAUUGAGAAAGAAGCAUUUCCCCACUGGCAACAUUUGAAAAGCAGCUAUAUGCACUGCCCCUUGAAAUGACAGGAAGAAAGGACAAUAUUGGCAGGGCAAUAUGAGCCCUCACCCUCAUCAGAAGAGUCUAGCAUGGUAUAAUAUUUAACAACAGCAGAUGAAGUGGUGAAAAACGGACAAAUUGUACUAUUUCAGGUUGCAGGUGGGGAAUGGUGAGAUUGUGUUCUUCCCCAUGUUGGAAAACAAUCACUCCCUGUGCAAAAAUGAGCAUAAGGGAUGGGGGUGACUAUUCUAGAAACCUUCUCCGUCUAGUUUCCUAUGUGUGGGGUGUGAGUGUGUGUGUGCAUGUAUGAAAGUGCGUUAUCAUGCAGUGCUUACUUGGCUGCAAAAAAAAAAAAAAAAGGCAGUAGUGUCCCGAAACAGUUUUGCUGUCUUAUUACACCAUCGUUCUUGGUGUCAACUUGGCCGUUAGACUGAAUUAUCUAUGCCAUCAUCCAGCUCCUCUAAUCUGUACACAACUUCUUCCAUUUUUCUCCACACAUACUGUUUUCCUUUCCCAUUCUUUAACAUUCCUAACACAUCUGCAUCCUUCCAUCCCUGUGGAGUUUGCACCUAUUUUUCUGUCUUGCAAAUGUUGAAUGAAAUCUAGUCUGGACACAGGAUAAAAGCUUUUCUCAGCCAUUUUUGCUGUCAUUGUAAUUGCACAAAAUGGGAGACAAACUGGCCCACCAUCUGCAGAAAUCAUAAUUUUUCUACAUCGCCACCCACUCCAUGGUAGAGAGGCAUGCACGUGCAGCAAGGAAGAGUGCAUUUUGUUAAUCUCAAAAUAGAUCCUGUCCUUCUCAACCACUCAAUCAUCACUUUCUGUUUACUCCCUUUCUAACUCUCCUUACUUAUUUCCACAUAUCUACUCAUCACUCUAUGGGCCGUGGUGAUGCAGUGGGUUAAUCUGCUAAGACGCAGAACUUGCUCAUCAGAGAAUUAUAGAAUCAUAAGGUUGGGAGAGACCUCGUCGGCCAUCCAGUCCAACCCCCUGCCAAGAAGCAGGAAAAUCUCAUUCAAAGAUCGGAAUGUCAGCUGUUCGAACCUGUGGACGGGGUGAGCUCCUGUUGUUAGCCCCAGCUUCUGCUAAGCUAGCAGUUUGAAAACAUGCAGAUGUGUGUAGAUCAAUAGGUAUCACUUCAGCGGGAAGGUUAUAGUGCUCCAUGCAGUCAUUCCAGCAACAUGACAUAGGAGGCUUCUAUGGACGACACCGGCUCUUCAGUUUAGAAAUGAUGACAACCAUCCCCCAGAGUUGGACACGACUAGACGUAAUGUCCAGGAGAUACCUUCAGGGCUGUAGCCAGAAA